UACUAGCAUUGCCUUGUAUGACCUUAAGUUGGAAGAGCUUUCAACAGUUUUGCAGUAAGGACAGCAGUCAAUGUCUGAAAGCUGCAUCUCUCAGACCCAAACCUUCUGAGAUGUACAUGGUGUAUCAAUUUGUAUAUAGGGAUCCUUUGAUGAAUAAAGAUUUAAUAUCAUUACAGACACAGUAUUCCUUUCUUUGAAUUCCCAGUUAGAUUUAUUAUCAAACGUACAAAUUUCAGAAUAGUUAUAUUCCAUGAUUAAGCUUUAUCAUCAAACAUACAUUAAACAGACAUUGAAGAAUAUAUUUAAUUAAGCUUCAUUGUCAAACACACAAAUACAGUCAAAGAUUAAACUUUUAGAAUUUGCCGAUUUAACUCGUACACCAUCUGGGUUAGCAUUCCAAUAUGGCUCCAAUAAGUGUGAAAAUGGCAAAUGCAGACUAAUGAUACUGGGUAGGUGGUUUUGUUGAAAAUUGGCUUGUGACCAAGGACCGGGCAUAUGUGCCAAUGAAAGUGUCAAACAAGUAAUCUAAAGCAUGUCUCAAUUAAUCAAUUUAUUCAAUGCCAUAUUAAUUUAAUAGAAUUUGAGACAUAGAUCAUACCCAGUAUGACUUCUUUGACUAAUCUGUAGCGCAUCAAUGUGCACAUACAAUAGUUGUUUUCCCCCUAUGUAUGUGAGGUGGUUUGUUCCUAAAGGUUAGGUGCAGUGGCCCAGAAGCUAAGACGAUCAGUUACACAACAGGGUGGGCCAGGAAUAGAGAGAAUCCAAGACUUGCUGACUGGUAAACAACUUUCUUUCUUAUGCUCAACAGAGUUGUACACCAAGAUGUCUGUGCUCCACAGCCUUGCUGCCAGGCUGUUCACCUACUGUGAUGUACAGACAGCCCUCGUCCUUGUGUUUGUCCUUCUACUGACCUUCUGGUACCUCAGGCCUGGGAAGAACCUCCCCCCAGGGCCCUGGGGCUGGCCAGUCUUGGGACACAUCCCCACACUUGGCAAGAGUCCACACCUAGUGCUGACGGCCAUGAGGAAAAAGUAUGGAGAUGUGUUCAGCAUCAGAAUGGGACCAAAGGAUGUUGUUGUACUCUGUGGCUAUGAGGCUAUUCAUGAAGCAUUGGUCAGGAAAGGAGAAGACUUCUCAAGCCGACCAUCCAUGUAUUUGUUUGACAAGACGACUGGAAUGAAAAGUGGAAUUGCGUUCCUUCCUUAUGGCUCAUUGUGGAAGCAGCAACGCAAGUUCACCCUCAGGAGCCUGCGUGAUUUUGGAUUUGGGAAACGCAGCUUGGAAGGCAAGAUCUUAGAGGAGGCUGAAGGUCUGAAGGAAGAAAUCCUAAAGACAGCCAACACGCCCUUCAAUGUCAGGCCCCUUCUUCAAAAUGCUGUCAGCAAUGUCAUCUGCUCCAUCGUUUUUGGUGCACGGUUUGAUUACAGUGACCCUAAAUUUAACUACUUGAUGGACAGAGUCAAUCAGAACUUUGGAGAACAGGACUUGGCUGGAGUGACCAACUUCUUCCCCUUAUUACGACACAUCCCUGCAGUCAGGAAGGCUGUAGACAAGGUACUAAAGAAUGCAGAGGAGGUAAUAGGUUCUCUCCGAGAAGACCUGAUAGAGCACAAGAACACAUUUGACCCUUCUAACAUUCGUGACUUCAUUGACAGCUAUCUGCUGGAGAUGAGUCAAGAAGAUGAGGCAGGGGACAGGGAGAACUUCACUGAGGACCAGCUGAAUUAUGUGAUUUCAGACCUGUUUGUUGCUGGGUCCGAGACCACAUCCACCACUCUGACAUGGGCCCUGCUGUACAUGGUGCUGUACCCUGAGGUACAGCAGAAGGUACAGGAGGAGAUUGACAGCGUGGUUGGACCUGACACAGCCCUGUCAAUCACACAACGCAGUCAGCUGCCCUACACAGAGGCUGUCAUCACGGAGGUAAUGCGCAUAAAGCCUGUUGCACCAAUGUCACUCCCUCAUGCCACUUCAAAGAAUGCCAACCUUUUCGGUUACGACAUCCCAGAAGGCACCAUGAUUUGGCCUGUUCUGUGGUCAGUUUUCUACGACCCAGUACACUACCAUGAGCCAGAGGUCUUCAAGCCGCAAAGGUUUCUCGGUGAAAAUGGGCAGUUUGUUAAGGAUCCAACAUUCAUUCCUUUCUCCACAGGGCGUCGUAUGUGCCUGGGGGAGAAUUUGGCCAAGAUGGAGCUGUUCCUGUUCUUCACCCACCUGCUGCAGCACUUCACUUUCAAGCUGCCAGAUGGAGCAGCUAAACCAUCUACUGUAGGGAUAGUGGGAAUCAUCACCUACAGCCCUGUGUCUUUUGAUCUGUGUGCCAUUCCAAGAGAAUAGUAAAGCUAAACCAAGUUUAUUGCAUUGCUAAGUAAGUAUAUGCUGCUUUGGCACGCGUAUGGAACCGGCAUAUGAAACCUUGAUUUUUUAACUAUGGUGCUACCUGUUUUUUUUUACCUGAGUCAGCUUACAGAUCUGCCCUAUGUGGCAGAGACUGCCAUUCUCGUAUAGGACUGUUUAGCCACAGUCGACGCUGUAGGGCUGAUAUCAAUUAGGAUUUUACCAUGGUCAAUAUUGACCGAAGGAGGCCAUAUAACCUCGUUUUGGUAAUGUUUGACUAACAUAAGUUUCCUAAUAAAAGUUAGUUUCCUAAAGUAAGUGGUUACUCACUAUGAAUAAGGAUGGUACAAGUAGUUAUUUGUUGUUUCCUAAUCUUUUAUUGUGUAUUGCCUAUUAUAUAAGUUACUAUGGCCAGAUCUCCUUAUUUUUACUCAUCUUAUGCCAGAAGGUAUAUAGAGAAUAACAGCUAUAACGCUAUUAUUAUAAUCUUUGGGUAACAAUAUGAUGUAAUAAUAUGUAUGUUUGACUCUGCUGAUUGUCACUACCUCUAAAGCAGUGCCAAUAGCUAGCUACUACUAAUACUACCACUGAAAAAUAGUUCUUUAUACUAUUGAGUUCAAAAUGAUAUUAUAUAUAAUAUCAAAAUUAAUGGAUUGUAGCAUAGCAACACUAAAUAUAUACAUUUGCAUAACUGCAAUACAUACCUGUUCAACCGUCUGUAAGUGAAUUAUUCAGAGCAAGGCUACAAUGAUGCAUGAAAACAACACAAAGACAUGUUACUAGGUGUGAUCAAGUUUAUUGUGAACUCUUAAUAUUAUACAUAAAUAUCAAAGUUAGUGUUAAGUUUUAGUCCAUAAUUCACAUUGUAUAUUUGAAUAGCCACCAUGUUCUUAGGCAUUGCAAAUUUGUCUUAGUUAGGUCACUUUUUGGUGAAGUGUUCAAUAUGACUUUGAUAUCGAAGGGCAAGUUGUAUUCCAGGACAUAGUGACUGUGGAUUAGGCUUAUGGUUUCUUGAAAAUAAUUUGUAGUUUCAUUUACAUGAGGAAUAUAAACAAAUUUGGAAGCCUGCAAACAAAAUGAGGCCAGGGUGAUGGCUAUGUAGAUGUUUAAAAUGUUGAAAACACAUUCUUUAAAAGAAUCAAGAUCAUGCAGUCAUGGAAACUCCUGUGGACAGAAUUAACCAGAAAAAUUGUGUCUUUGAUCUGGUAAGAUGAAAAACAACAAUGCCCAAGUACAUGUUUAAGUUUGUAUUGUUUACGUCUAAUGAUACUCCUAUUGCACAUAACAGUGUCAUUAAAAAUAUUUGUAUAUUUUCCUAAUGUUUUUCUUUUCCAAGGUUACAGGUGCAUUAUAUUCAUUUUUCAAUUUAAUAUUCAAUAUAAUUACACUCUUUAUCACUAGUGUAUAGAACACAUUGGAGUGGAAAGGUGCACUUCAGAUUUUUGUCUUCCAAAUAAAUAAUACAUCAAGGAAAGGCAAAUUAACAGCAAACAACCAACAUUUAACAGCAACAAACUCAAACAAAAUGCAAUCAUGGAGGUUAUAUAGAGAGAUAAACCU